CUGUUCCGGGGCGCGCUGCUGCCCGGCCGGGUGGGAAGAGCUAUGGGCUUGAAUGGAAACUGCUUUCCUGCCCUGAAAAAUUAACCUAGCGCUUCAGCUUCUCAAAAGUGGUGUGAUGUCCAAGGCAAACGAGAGCCAUGCAGCAGGCCUGCAAGAGGAUUGUGAGGGUGGCUCCAGAAGGAGGAGCUGGGGGCUGUUGGUCACUGCUGGUGUUGGUGGGACCUUGGUGGCACUCUAUGCUGUGGUUACCCCCUUCGUGACCCCGGCUCUGAGGAAAGUGUGCCUGCCCUUCGUUCCUGCAACUUCCACUCAGAUCCAGAAUGUGCUGAAAAUGUUAGAAAACAGAAACGGCUCCCUAGUUGACAUUGGUAGCGGGGAUGGCCGUAUUGUGAUAGCAGCUGCAAAAAGGGGAUUCGAAGCUGUUGGUUAUGAAUUAAAUCCCUGGCUAGUCUGGUACUCCAGAUACCGUGCCUGGAGAGAUGGGGUACAUCAGAACACCAAAUUUUAUAUUUCGGACUUAUGGAAGGUUUCUUUUUCCCAUUAUACAAAUGUUGUUGUUUUUGGGGUACCUCAAAUGAUGCCACAGUUGGAGAAGAAGCUGGAAGAAGAACUUGAAUGUAAUGCCAGAGUCAUUGCCUGUCGUUUUCCUUUCCCUUGCUGGAUCCCAGAUCAUACUACUGGAGAGGGAAUAGACACUGUGUGGGCCUAUGACUUGAAACAUUCUAGAGGAUGUGAAACAAAAAGCUUGGAAAUUACACCAGAGACAGAAUCCUAAACAUCUAAUUUGUUCUUGUACUGGAACUUUUGGCUUUGACUUCACCUGUUAAAGAUAAGAUUAAUGUGAAUAGAGCCCCAGGAUAUGGAGAUAUGUAUUCACUAAAAUAACUGAAGUACACUGGUUAUCUGAAAGCACACAAAGGUUAGUGAAAGGUGUAGUUAAAUGGCUUAAUGUAGUUAGUAAAAAUUAUGAGAAAGUUUUAUAGAAGCAGAAAACUUUAAUAUGGAAAAUGGGAUAAAACACAGUUCCCUACUGUUAAGGGGAACAGAUGUGUAAGUUAAAAUGCUCAAAUUGGCGAACUUAAUAUGUGCACUCUUUCUGAGCCUACAUAGCAUUUGUUAUUGGUGUUGGAAGUGGUGUGCAAGUGGCUUCUCAAAUGAGCCUGGUUCCCGAAUGUCUUCAUUAUGUGUGCCAAGUAGGCAUAAUGCUGCAUACAUCAAACUGAGUAUGAUGACGAUACCGAUGUUUUACACCUCGGCCUCGAAUGUGUGCUUUUUAAAGCUGAAUAUGACACAACAAGCAAAUAUAACAAGUUGCUUAUUCAUUAACACAAGUGCAGCCCUUGAUUGUAUUAAUGUAUUUUUAUUUAAUUUGUUAUGUGAAGACAAAACUGCAGAAAUGUGCUCUUACUGCACACUUAUUGGUAUAAGCCUUUGCAAAUGAUUGUGAUUUUUCCUAACCUCUCUGAUUUAGGAAGGGUUUCAAAAGUCACCUCCUUAGCAGUGAAGUGUCACCACUUCUGUGUGCUCAAACCUUGGAUAAGGUAUGGGUGAGAGUUGUGUACUUCAGUGUGUCAUGAAGACUCUGAUUCCAGAGCUAGUUGGUCUCGCUAGCUUGGUUAAAUCUGAUUAGACCUCAUUUAAUUUAUAGUGAGAUGGCAAGGGAGGUUUUCAGUCACGCUUCUUUUCCCCUCUACUCUUCUGUGCUAUCUGAUGAGAUCUCAGAAACUCAUGGCAUGGCUGCAUGGCUUUUCCUUGGAAGUGAAGCAAGUUCUCCCUGUCUUUUUGCUGAUACUGGUUUGCAGUGGGGUACUGUCACUGCUGUGACGUUUUCCUUUUCUAACAUGGUUACAGCACUUUUCUAUUUUCUAACAGUCUGCUUAGUUGGUCUCUUGGUUCCCAGGUAAAGUUUUAUUGUUUUCAUCCAUUAGUCGAAGUUCAUAGUUAGCCUCCUCUGGCCCCAGUUAACAUAUAGACUGUUUGUUAAGCAGUGACUAUGUAAGUUUGUCAGACCUUUGCAUAUAUGAUAACGAUAGAACGAAGCUAAAACAGGCUAGGGAAUUGUCGCCUAACUUCUAGGUAGUAGUUAUCACAACUAAAAUUAGCUCAGGCCAGGAGAAGUGCUGAGACCCUGCAAUUUCAGGUAAAUACAAAGCCUGUGACAUUUUAUUAGGCAUUGGGAAAGCGCGUUUGCUGGACUAUAGUAUCUGACUUGAAGAGAAGUUAGAUGUUAUUUGGGAUGUGUAGUCUACAGUUACACUUGUACCCAGGCUUUUUAUUUUUGGUGGGAGGGGAGGAGGAAGGAGAAUUUAAAAUAUAAAUCUACACUUUUUGGAUUUGAAAUGGAGCAGUAGAAUGAUUUUGUCCUGGUAAUGUAUACAAAGCAGGAGAAGAAAGGGGCAAAUGUGUCCGCUCUGGAGUCUGCAAAGGAGAGAUGAUUUCAGCCUUGCAUGGCAAGGCACAGCUGUAAAUAUGGAGACUGUAUCUAUUGAAGAACACUGAUUUCUGGUAAGCAGUCUUUUACAGCCUUUCACUGCAGUGUAACAUGGUGCAUCUUGUAAAACUGCACUAAACUUUCGCCCAUGAUUUAAGUGUUAUGAUUAUUACACGGUGACAGGACAGGGCUACAGUGGCUUAUCUAAAAUGGCUGCAUUUACUUUAAUAUCCCAAGGCCAUAAAACUGGAACCUCAGACAAAGGAAAUCUGAAAUUACUUCUAUUGGAAAAAGACCAUACAAAGGGGAAAUUAGCUAAUUAAGCCAAGUCCUUCCCUGAAUUAUUAUAAAGGGUAAGAGAGACAAAAGAUUUUGAAGUGAAUUGUGACUUAUUUGCAGUGCAGUGCUUUGACCCAAGUUUCUACUGCCUACUUUCACUAAAGUUAGUUUUCAGGGAAUGAAGCGGAUAUUUACUUUUUCUGCUGUGGUUGACUAUAUAUUUGUCUAUUGCAUUAUUGUUUGCCUGUUAAAAGGUAAAACUGAAUUUGUCACUUCUGCCCGUGGUAAAGGCUUUGGGGUGUGUGCUUCUUAAUUACCACCUAUUGCUCCAGAAAUACUUGUUAAGGAGGGCGAGAGAGAACUAAUGAUGUAAUGGCCUGAGCUUUAGGAGCACUAAGUGCUAUCUUCAAGGCAAGGAGAGAUUUAUGAAUGCUUUUAAAGUGAAGCAGAGGGCUGUUUCUUGGUCUGGCCAUUUACUUUUGGGGGCCUACACUGAGACAGACAGUGGUCUGAAGGUUCGGAAUUCCUUAUUACGUAAGGAAAUGUGCUGUAUUUCCUGUUUCCAUGGCUGAAGUGUGAAAUGUAAAGCAAAUUGCUCUAAUUUACACAGGGGUACUGGGAAGGCAUUUUCUUACCAUGUUGUCCUCAAUUUUUCUAUCAGUUACUACAUUCAUUUGAUAGUUUACAAGAUUAAAUACUUUACAGUGAUAACUGAAGUCACAGUUCGGAUUAUUAUGUUGAUACCCUUCCAAUUGCUAGGGUAAUGUAUUAUGAUUUUGUUGAUAUGCUACUUCAGAGUACAAAUUUGUUUCUUCUGAAAACCAGGAAAGCCUUAGAGAACUGACUUAAUCAAAUUAUAGUGUAGGUCUGAAGCCAAAAGAAGGAAACCUUCAAGCUACACAUGCUGUUCAAAACCAGAGUGAUUCAGAUAUACAGAAAAACCUAUGGUCUACCUUUGUUUACGUCUUCUAGUAGAAUCACUUGCCUUUUGGGAGUUACUUGUUUUAUUCCUUCCUUGCCCUGCCAGAUCUUAGCAAAAAAGUUGCUACAUUGCUGAAUGAGUAAUGCUUUCCUGAAAUAUCGUAGAAUUUGAUCUGUUUGAAAAUAAUACAGGUCAGAGUUCUGCAGG